AUGGCCAACGCCACGAACGUCACCAAGACGAACUCCACCGGCACUCCUUCCAAUGGGUUGUAUCCGCCCCCGAUGGUGGCGAACAACACCAACACGACGGACUUUGCUGACGGCUACGUCUGGUGCUGGCUGAACACUACGACGCCCCCGGUGAACUGGACCGAGCCCCCGCCCCCGGCUCCCCCCGGUGGUUGGCGCUCCCCGAAGCCGUCGCCGCCGCCCGCGAGGCCCUCGCCGCCGCCGCCGCCGUACUCCGCCCCGAGCCCGCCGCCGCCGCCGCCGCUCCCGCCCGAUCUCACGUUAAACCUCUCCUAUCCGCCCGCGCCCGCGAUGCGCCAGUGGCAGAUCCUGGUCCCGUGCAAUCACACGGCGCCGGCUCCCCCCGGUCCGGACCCGUUAUUGCUGGGUUUCAUCGACCUGUACGACCCGCUGACCGUCUUCGCGUUCGUCUUCACCGUGUGUUCCGUGCUGUUCUACUACCUCAGGCGCUGGCAACUGAGGGAGGAGGCGAAGCGCGCGGAGCGGGUCCCCACGCUCGACGACGAGAUCAAGCGAUCGGCAAACCUCCGACACAUCAAGUCGAUGUUCGAGGAGGUGGACAUAGAGGAGGAGGAGACGGAAGAGGAGGAGCUGGACGAGUGGGGGCGAGUUAAAAAGAAGAAGAAGGAGCCGUGGUGGAAGCGGAUCAAGCUGGACUGGUCUUGGGAGGACGUGGGAGCCGUCAUUGGCAAGGUGUACAGAAGGGUGAAAAAGUUUCUGUUCACCGCCACUUUCGGCGCACCAGUGUCUGAAACAUCGGUCAGCAUCACGGAGUUCAUUCACAUCUUCCAGAUCGACGUGCGAAGCGAGUGGGCGCAGAGGUUCAUCGCGCUGCUAGACGCGGACGGCAACGGGACGAUGGAGUUUCAGGAGUUUGUCGUCGGCGUGGGAACGCUGAGCACAAAGGAGAAAAACAGCGGCGCCACCGACUUUGGCUCCUUCUGCUUCAAGCUCCUAGACCUGGACAACCGGGGCAAGCUCCCGAGGGAGGAGCUGCUCGCGACGGUGUGGCGCUACGUCCGGUACAGAGAGUGCCGCGCGAACGACAAGGCGGCGGAGAUCAAGGCCAAGACCGACUACAAGGAUAGGUACAUAUCGCCGGAUAUCGAGGCGGCGCUGAACAAUCACAGGCGAGUGGUCCGAGACUACCGCGCCAAGAUGUACCUCGGCAGGGACCAGAACUGGGACAAGCUGGGCAAGUUUAACCGCAGCGACGGCGCGGAGGAGGUGCAACAGUGGGCGGAGGACGCCGCGAGGGAGGCGGAGGUCCGGGACCCGCGGAAGGUCAAGGAGACGAGGGAGGAGCACGACAGGCGGAGGCGCAUGGCAGACGUUCGUAAAAAAAUGCGAGACGCCGCCGCCGCGCUGCGCGUUGAGUACCCCAAGGAAAUCACGCCCAGGGACUUCCAGAAGUUUCUCGACGAUUUCCCCGAUACCUUCAAGCCCGCGAUGGAGAUAUACAAGAAGCUGAGGCCCUACGCCAGGGCGUGCGCGCGGUGCGUGGAGCGGGUCCCGAACCUCCGCCUGGACGAGAUGAAGGCUCACGAGGCGGCGCAGGUGUGGCGAGCGGGCCAGAAGGUGACGUGGUUCUGGGACGAGGACGAGGAGCACAGGCACAGGCCCACGCGUCAACGCGAGGACCGGGAUCCGAAGCUUCUGGAGGAGAUCGCGACGAUGGCCGCGCGCAGGGCGCUGACGGAACGCGCCCGACGGAGCGACGGGGCGACUCGAAUCGGCGAACACGACGAAGCAGCCGCCGAGUCAAUCGACGAUCAAUCAGCCGCGAUUUCCACGACGCGCGACGGGGGGAUCCGCAAGGACCGCGGGCCCCCGAGCGUACGGGUGCAGGGCCGAGGCCACGCGCUGGCGAGGACCGCGGAGAUGCGGGUGAACGCGCUGAUCGACGCGCCCCCGUCGGAAGCCGCGGGGGAUUUGGCGUACCUGACGACUCGCGCGAGGAUCCUCGCGCUGAACAUGCUCCCGCUCGAGCCGUGCGCCCGGAUCGUGCACGCGAUGGAUCCCCGGCGAAGGGCGGAGGUCAUCGACGCCGUGGACCCGCGCGUCGGGGAGAUGGUGACCCAGCUGCUCAUCGACCGCGGCGAGGCGGUCACCGGCGAGGGCGCGACCCCGCGCCGAGACCGCGCCGACGACGGGGGUCAAAAAGUCAACGCCAAGGCUCAGCGGGCGAUGUGGGAGGAACGGCGUGGGCGCGGCGGGGUUUUGGGUCUGGAGUACGGCCUGGACGUGUACUCGACGCAGUUCGGGGACGGCGGAGGAGGCGGCGGAGGCGGGGGUGUUUUGCCCGGGCAGCUCGCGUCGCCGGCUGGUAUCGAAGCUGAGGAACCCUCGAGUUUCGUCGCGCAGCGAGCCGAGGAGCUUCGCCUGGCCUUCAACGCCAACGGCGACGCGAUGUACGUGUACGGCGGGGAUGAUUCGGGUUUUCAGCCGUUCGAGGAGAUGGCGAAGGGGGAGGAAACGGCGGUGAGGGAGGAUCGGGGCGACGCGUGGGACGAGGCGAACACCGAGGGAGGUCGCGGCGACGCGUACAGGAUAGACAUAGCGGAUCGUUGA